UCGUGACGUCAUCGCAUCUCCCUGUUUACCUCCGGACAUGAGUUAGUAUACAUGUCAAACACAAACAUGCAGCAAGUUAGCGGCUUACUAUUUUACUUUAUAGCGAAGGCGUAUUCGCACUUUUAGGCAGAGCUGGUGAAUAUCUCAGUUUAGCGGUCAAUCGUUUAGACACGUGGUGCUAACAGUGUUAGCCGGGCGGCUAGCUGACAGUGUUAGCCGGGCGGCUAGCAGUGUUAGCCUGCAGGCAGAUGACAGACAUCGGCGACAAGAUGGCUUCUGUCCGCUGGGCCUUUCGCUGCGGAUGUUGGACCCCGAGCAGCUCCGAGUGGUUGUUUGCUGCUCGCUGUGUCCAGCAGGAGGAGAAAGACAGGAUCGGAAAGUUUGUGUUUGCCAAAGACGCCAAAUCAGCCAUGGCCGGCAGGUUGCUGCUGAGAAGAUUCGUGUGUGAGAGGAUGCACAUUCCCUGGGCACAGUUCCGCCUGGAACGAUCGCCGAGAGGGAAACCAUACCUUGCUGCACCACCGGAAGUCAGCCCAGAUGGGGGCGUGGCGCCUCUGACCUGGAGUUUCAACAUCUCCCACCACGGGGACUAUGCGGUGCUCGCUGCCGAGAAAGGGAUGCAGGUCGGGGUGGACAUCAUGAAGACGUCCAUGCCUGGUAAGUAA